GCCCAGUGCCUCGCGGAGGCUCCAGGGGCGGGAAGGCGGAGGAGGGGGGCGGUCCCAACCCGGCGAGGGGGCCGCCCCCUCCCCUGGUUGCCAUAGCAAUGGCAGGAUGGCCAGCCGGAGCGGAGUGACUUUGGCUACCAUGGGAGCCAGUAGCUUUGAGGAUGAAACUUUGAAACUACGUCAACUGAAGCUAGAGAACCAGAGAACGCUUCUGGAGAAGAAGCAGAGGAAAAAGCGUCUUGAACACUUGAUGGUUCAGCCAAACCCAGAAGCAAAGUUGUGCAAAUUGAAGUCCAAAGUGGGUGAAGAACAGACUCCCUUAGUUGCAUGCACUCGCUCUGUUCCUCGUGCAGGUAUUGAUGCUCCAGCUGCCUCUCUAAAUCAAAUAGCACAAGACCAGAUUUCUGUUGGAUCAUCCAUAACAGAGAAUUACACUGAACCAGAAAAACACGAGGAAAUUCAAUCGGAUGUAGUUUCCAAGAUGGAUCUGCAAGACCUCUUACAGAAACGAGGUAUCUCCGGAAGCCUGAAUUUUGAUGAGGAGGACACUGAAGAAGAAGAUGCUGAGAAGCAGUCAGGAUCCCAUUCACCUGAAUUAGACUCUCAGAGAUCAGAUUCUGCAAACAGCCAUAAUUCUGCUAAAGAAAUAGAUGCUUCUACUGUGGCACUACCUCAGACAGAUGUACAGUUGGGAGAAAUUGAAAACUUGGAGGAGUUUGUGCUACGCCCUGCACCCUGUGGCGUUACAGUGAAGUGUCGGAUCACAAGAGAUAAAAAAGGGAUGGAUCGAGGUCUGUUUCCUACAUACUAUAUGCACCUGGAAUGGGAAGAUGACCGAAAGGUAUUCCUUCUUGCGGGAAGAAAAAGGAAAAAAAGCAAAACAUCAAAUUAUCUCAUUUCAAUUGAUCCAACGGAUUUAUCCAGGGAAGGAGGAAGUUUCAUUGGAAAACUCAGAUCAAAUCUUAUGGGGACUAAAUUUACCGUCUACGAUCAUGGGGUUAGUCCAAUCAAAGCACAAGGACUAGUGGAAAAAGCCCACACUCGACACGAGAUGGCUGCUAUUUGCUACGAAACCAAUGUACUAGGAUUUAAGGGACCCAGGAAAAUGUCAGUCAUAAUUCCAGGAAUGAAUCUGAAUCAUGAGCGGAUCCCUAUCAGACCAAGAAAUGAGCAUGAGAGUUUGUUGGCAAAAUGGCAAAAUAAAGACAUGGAUAACCUGAUCGAGUUGCACAACAAAGCCCCAAUAUGGAAUGAUGAUACUCAGUCGUAUGUCUUGAAUUUCCAUGGAAGAGUCACCCAGGCCUCUGUGAAGAAUUUCCAGAUUGUUCAUGAAAAUGACCCUGACUAUAUCGUGAUGCAGUUUGGUCGUGUGGCAGAGGACAUAUUCACCUUGGACUUCAAUUACCCAAUGUGUGCCCUUCAGGCCUUUGCCAUUGGACUCUCCAGCUUUGAUAGCAAACUGGCGUGUGAAUGAUAGAUGUUGAUACACUUUUGUUUUUAUUUCUUCACUCAUAAUUUGUGAAUAAAAAUAUACAAUAUAUUCA